AUGAUUUCCCUACUUGCCCUCUUCGCCACCGCGACCGCGGCCCGGGUAAUGGACAGCCUACCUUCGGUUCCCAAAGGAUGGACCGAGGUUCGCCAAGCUUCCCCAGAGGACCCGAUCACACUCCGCAUCGCCCUGCCACAGCAGCACGCGGCAGCGUUGGAGCAGGCAGUCCUUGAGAUGUCGACGCCUGGUCAUGCCAACUACGGAAAGCACAUGAACCGCAUGGAACUGCGUUCCUACACGGCACCGACUGAGCAGUCGGUCUCGUCUGUUGUCGGCUGGCUGGUCGAGAGCAACAUUGAAGCAUCCGUGAACAACGACUGGAUCACCUUUGCCACGACCGUGGGAGCGGCCAACGAUCUGCUGGACACUACCUUCGCAUGGUACCAGUUCGAAGCCGGCGGCAGCCCCAAGCUUCGCACGCUUUCGUACAGCGUCCCGGAUGAGCUGGCUGAGAACAUCGACCUCAUCCAGCCGACCACCCGUUUCGGCCAGCUCGGCGCCAAGAAGUCGACCAUCUUCGAGAUGCAGGUGCUGGGACCAGCGGAGGACGAAGCCGAGCUUGACAUCGCUGCCGCUGAUUGCAACACAGCGCGGAUAACGCCUACCUGUAUCAAGUCGCUGUACAAUAUCAAGUACACCGCCUCGCCAGAGGGUAACCUGGUCAGCUUCUGCUCGUACCUCGAGGAGUACGCGCGAUACUCGGAUCUGGCCACAUUCGAGACGCAGUACGCACCGGACGCCGUCGGACAGAACUUCACCGUGGAACUGGUGAACGGCGGGCUGGACGGGCAGACCAGCAGCGACGACAGCGGAGAGGCGAACCUCGACAUCCAAUACAUCCUUGGUGUUAGCGCCCCGAUUCCGAUCGUAGAGUACAGCACAGGUGGUCGAGGACCGCUCGUACCGACCACUGACGAACCUGGUCCGGACUCUUCGAACGAGCCGUACCUCGAGUUCUUGACCUACAUCCUGGACCAGGACGACGCGUCUCUGCCCCAGACGAUGUCGACGUCAUACGGCGAGGAGGAGCAGUCCGUUCCGGCCGAGUACGCCCUGAAGAUCUGCAAUAUGUUCAUGCAACUCGGUGCCCGUGGUGUCAGCAUCCUGUUUUCCUCGGGCGACUCCGGUCCCGGCGACUCGUGCGUACGCGAGUCAGACGACGCGCCCUACUUCCAGCCCUCCUUCCCGGCCGGCUGCCCCUAUGUCACCUCCGUUGGAGCCACCCACAACGUGGCCCCCGAGGCCGCCGUCAGCUUCUCCAGCGGCGGCUUCAGCAGCCUCCACGCCCAACCUUCGUGGCAAGCCGAGGCCGCGGGGGCCUACCUCGAGUCCAUCGGCUCCACCUACUCGGCCUACUUCAACGCCUCCAACCGCGGCAUCCCCGACGUCGCCGCUCAGGGGUCGUCUUUCGCCGUGAUCGACAAGGGCCGCAGCGCCCUGCUCUCCGGAACGAGCGCUUCGGCGCCGACGUUUGCCGGUGUUGUGGCUCUGCUGAACGCUGCCAGAGUGAGCCAGGGCGAUGCGCCCCUCGGGUUCCUCAACCCGUGGUUGUACAACAACACGGCGGCCUUCUUCGAUAUCACCACCGGCUACGGCAGCGGCUGCACGGGCAACUCGGCCUUCCCCAACGGUGCGAGGUGGAACGCGACUGCUGGCUGGGAUCCCGUCACUGGCCUGGGCACGCCGAACUUCGAGGAGCUUCUGGUGGCAGCGGCUCCGGGGGUUGAGAAUGCUUAG